CGCAUUCGAACAGGCUUCAAGAUUGAAUCUUCUGGCUUCAAUUAAUCCACCUGCUAGAGUCGCCUAGACAUCAUCGCACAUUGACGCUUAUGCGUCUUCACGCCUUGUACCGUUAGGAUGAUGUCCUCCACAAACGAAGAGGACCCCUUCCUCCAGGUCCAACAAGAUGUUCUCACUCAGAUGGCCUCGGCUAGGCCGCUGUUCGCCUCAUAUCUCCGCAUCCGCUCCCUAUCCACAAAUGCCGAUUCUCCUGAACUUGCUUCCGCUCGCUCCGACCUCGAAGCCGCUCUCUCAUCCCUCGCCGACGACCUAGCCGACCUCGUCGCCUCUGUGCAGGCCGUCGAGUCCAACCCCGCGCAGUUUGGUCUCUCUGCACAUGAGGUGACACGUCGCAAGCGUCUCGUCCAGGAGGUCGGCGGCGAGAUUGACGACAUGCACGACGAGCUGGCAAAGAAGGUCGACGCUGUCCGUGGGGGCGACCUACCCGACCCCAACGCGUUCGCCAUCGAUGGCGACGGUGACGAUACGUACGCCGAGUUUGAGCAGCAGCAACAGAUGGAGAUAAUGCGCGAGCAGGAUCAGCACCUGGAUGGUGUGUUCCAGACCGUGGGCAACCUUCGAAGGCAGGCCGACGAUAUGGGUAGGGAGCUGGAGGAGCAGCGCGAGAUGCUCGAAGUUGUCGAUGAAGCGGCUGAUCGUGUGGGUGGCCGACUUCAGACGGGCAUGCAGAAGCUGCAGCAUGUGAUACGCGCGAACGAGGAUCGGUACAGUAGCUGCUGUAUAGCCGUCCUCAUCUUUGUGCUCAUCCUGCUGUUGGUCCUCCUCUUGAUUCUAUAAUACUCGAGUAGAGAAGGGGUAAAGGGGCUGCCCUGACGCAGCACAGCCUUGUCAGAAGCGUUCAUGAUACUUUUACGUUGGGAAAUCGGAGUUUUGGGUGGGAAUUGCAACGACUGCGUACACGCAAUGACCGGAAAUCUUGUUCUUUUUUUCUUUGUCUUGGUUGUAUACUAGAAGGAUAGAUAAAGAGGAGCAGACGUGGCCGUUUGUCUGUUUAAACGGCGUGACAUAAUCCAACAAGUCCGCC